AUGACGUCCAGAAUGAGGAAGUUUGGAUUUGGUUUAUCCCGUGACUUGGCGUUAGAAUGUAAGGCUGCUAUGCUGAAUAGUAAUAUUGUUAUACCCAAUUUUAACACGAGUCAAACUGAGGUUAGUGCGUCAUCAGCGUAUGUAUAUUCUGUUUACAAUGACGGUAAGAAAUACAUAGUAUGUUUUGACAGGAGGACUUGCAGUUGCUGGAGAUUUCAAUUGGAUGAGAUUACAUGUGAACAAGCGAUUGCAGUUCUAAAAAGUAAGGAUGUAGUUGAUAUGAAGCCUUAUUGCUCCGAGUAUUACUAUCCAUUAAGGAAGACGUAUGAAGGAUCAAUGUUUCCAAUACCAAAUAACAAGGAUUGGAUUGUGCCACAAGAAGUUAUGAACAAAGUUGUGUUACCACCAAAAUACAAACGUCCACCUGAAAGACCAAAGAAAAACAGGCACAAGAAAUCAAGUGAAACUAUGACAUCGAGCAGUAAUUGUUGCAGAAGAUGUGGUUAUGAAGGUCACAACAGGUGUACUUGUAACUUCUUUUCAAAGGAGGAGUGA